AUGAGGAGGAUCAGAGUGCAGCGAAGCCAAUCUCACCAUCUCCAUCCGUUGUAUCCCGUUAUAAGGCUCUCCAUUCAAUGUAUAAUCCAAAGACUUGAAUCUGAUUUUGAAUUUCAUAUAAAAUUAGGGUAUCUUUCGAAAAUUUUUUUAAAAUUUCAUUUUUUCUGA